UCGCCCUGUGUCAGCCACCCGAUUGGUUCUCCGGUCCUAGUUUAAAAAACUAGACCGCGCAGAGGAGAGCAGGCGCCGGAGCUACGUUAGCGAACAAGCCGUCGAUGUUUCUCCUUUAAAUACUCCGUAAACACAUCGAGAAAAUGAUGGAGUCGUGUUAUGGGAAGCCGGAGCGAGUCGGUCCGGUGGUGGUGGACGACAUCAAGAGAGACCUGCUGGGGGAGUUCACUGCUCUGCCUGCACAGGACAACGUCCAGGCGGAGAACCUGCAGGUGUUUCUGAGGGUUCGGCCGUUCACCGCAGCCGAGAAUGACAGUGGAGAACCACAGGACUGCGUGACCAUCGAGGGACCGGACACCGUGGUUCUGAAGGCUCCCAGGAGCUGUCAAUCAAACCGGCAGAGCGACAAGUCCCUCCCACAAACGGCACAGAGGUUCACCUUCACACAGGUGUUUGAGCCAGAGGCCAGUCAGAGGAAGGUGUUCGAUGGGUCGGUGCGGGAUUUGGUCCGGGACGUCCUUGGGGGGGGGAACUGUCUGGUGUUCACGUACGGAGUCACCAACGCUGGAAAGACCUUCACCUUCCUCGGUCAGAAACUGUCUGUCUGUCUCUUUCUCUGGCUCUCUCUCUCU